AUGGUUGCAGAAGGCUUAUCGGGGUUGGUUAGAAAAUCUAUAGAACUUGGAGAAUUUGGGAGAUUUCCUAUUAAGGGUUCUUGUUGGGUGGACAUUCUUCAAUUUGCGGAUGACACUUUAAUCGUGGGUGAAGGGUUGUGGAAGCAUGUUUGGGCAAUAAAGACGGUGUUAAGGGCGUUUGAGCUUGUAUCAGGUCUUGGAAUUAAUUAUCACAAAAGUAAGUUGAUUGAUAUUAAUUCUAAUAGCUCUUUUUUGGAAGCCGCUUCUUACUUUCUCUCUUGUAAAGUGGAGGAAAGCAACUUUUAUUUUCUUGGUAUUCCUAUUGGUUUCAAUCCAAGGAAGGAAUCCACUUGGAAUUCGCUUUUGACUAAGAUGAAUAGGGUGGGGGGUUGGAAAAAUCGCUUUCUCAACUUGGGUGGAUGA